CCGCGCGGGGCAGAGCGCACGGGCGCGCGAACCCCGAUUCAAAAUGGCGGAGAGCGCUUAGCGGGCGGCGGCGGCGACCGAGAGAGAGAGAGAGACUCUCACUCCAUCAACAACAUCAACAACAACAACUAUUAGACAACAACAACAAGGUCACGGCUCGCCAACACCCAGCGGGGAACACGCCGCACCGCAAGCCGAGCCAAAGAACAAACGACAACCACCGCCGCCUGUACCAUCACUACCACCACCAUCACUACCACCACCAUCAGCGCCGCUGCCGACAGCAACAGCAGCAGCAGCCGCCCCGAGUAACCGCAGCAGCAGCAGUAGCAGCAUCGGCCUCGACUCCUCCACAGUAGUGGAGCCUCGGCGUCCUUGUAGUCGGCCUCUCCUGCACUCCAUCGGUCACGUCGUUCCGUAGCAUCUCCGUACCAUCAUCACCACCACCACCAUCAUCACCAUCGUCGUCGUCCUCACACUCAUCUCCGCCUCCAUUACCCCCCCCCCCACCCCGCCUAUCAAUCAGCAUCAGCCUCGUGUGCGAUCCGGCCGCACAAACCAGCCGUAGGUGUCAACGCAAUCUGGCUCCUGUACAGCCGUGAAUCGCCGGUCUCGUCCUCACAUCUCCCGGCAUUGUCUCGCGUUAGAUUCCCUCGACAUCAGCCGCAAGCUUCACAUUCAUCGUCGUCCCUCAUCCUCGCCUUCAUCUUCUUCCUCACCGCCCUUGGGGACUCACACCCCCCUCCCCGCCGCCGCCCGGCGGCUCCGUCCAAUGGCCGAGCCGCGUAGGGCCACACUGUCCACGGUCUCGGGCCCCUUCGUGGCGGACAAGAAGGCCGAGGGGGACGCGGGUGCCAAGGCGGCCAAGGCGACGACGGCUCAGCGCUUCGUGCUCACGCUGGGCGAGUCGACGGACGAGGCGUGCCCCGAGUUCUAUUACCCCGAGCUGCUGCUGAGAGCCGCCGCGGGUAAAACACCAAAGAAAAAUAACGACGACCCUUUUAAUGAAGAGGAGAGAGAACGGAAGGAAGUUGAAGCCCUGGCCAAAAAGUUUGAAGAGAAAUAUUCUACUUCAAAGCAAAAGCUUCGGAGAGAUCGAGUUCAGGAUCUGGUCGACAUUGGCUAUGGUUACGAUGAAACGGAUUCCUUUAUUGACAACUCGGAGGCAUACGACGAGUUGGUGCCCGCCUCGCUUACGACCAAGUACGGCGGCUUUUACAUCAACACGGGAACCCUGCAGUUUCGGCCGGCGUCGGAUUCGGAGGACGACAAUGCUUCUUCGAACCUGGACAAGCACAAGAAGCCACUAAAGAAAUUCAAGGAAGGAGAGGACAAGAUGAUGAAGAAGCGUAAAAGGAAAGAAGGACCCGAGAAAGAGAAAAUGCCUAAAAAGCUGAAAGUGCUCAAGCAAAUAGGAAUAACACCUCUGAAUUCUGACAAGUCCGAAAAGCAGAAGAAAAAGAAAAGCAAAGGAUCCAUUUCACUGCCGGAGAUGAUUGAGCGAUUCCAGAAGGAGAAAGAGGAGGCGGCAAUGAAGCAGGAAAAGGUGGCGCAGGCCUCACCGGCAUCCGGAAACUCUGUAAAUGCUACAAAUGCCAGCGCUCCAGAGGAGCUCGUAAAAGCACCUGUAAGCAAGCCAGAGCCCCUGCCAAUGCCAGACUGCUCUGCCGACCAGCUGCUGCCCAACCUGUUUGGGCCAGGCUGCGAUCUGGACCUACUUCAGGUGGUGGCCAACGCAGCACACAACCUGACCAGCCUUGACCUGGACAGUCUCCUGGAGGACUCGCCAAACAGCAGCCUCUCCCAGGAGUCGGAGGCUCCUUGCCAGCAGGCCCAGCUCAGUCCCAAGCUGCCAGAUGGGCUGCCUGCUCCACUUGACAUGAAAAUUAAGCAACUGGCAGAGGUUGCCAAAACGUGUGAUAGCGAGGGCAAGCAGAAGCUCUUCAGCCAAGAUGUCAGUCACAUCCUCCUAGACAUCGAAGUUCAGACAAAGGAGCUGAACAGCCAGCUGCGUGGAGGCGUCUACGCUCACGUGGCGUCCCUCCUGGGUUGCAGCAAGGAAUCUCUUUUAAGGCGCGCCAAGAAGCUCCAUCAGCAUGAGCAGGACGGACGUCUCAAGUCGCCGAUGCACAAGCUGCGGGACGCUGUGGGCGCCGUCAUGCCGGAGCAGACCGUGAAAUACCAGGAGACUUACCAGGCCCACACUCAGGCCAAGUACGCCAAAGUCGACAUCAAGGGAAUUAUGAGUGAAGAACGAGAAAGAGAAGAUAAAGAUAAAAAUGCCAGCGAUGAUGACGACGAUGACGAGAAGCCUGGCAAACGUGUGUUUGGUCCAAGAAAGAAAUUUCAGUGGAACACUGAGAUAAGGGAUUUGCUGUGUAAUGUGGUGAAAGUGAAGAUGGCAGGAUAUGACGCGGAGCGGAUUAAGUCACAGUCGGCCGAGGACUACCUGAAGGCCUUCCUAGAGGCCGAGGUGAAGCCGCUGUGGCCCAAGGGCUGGAUGCAGUCCAGAAUGCUAUUUAAGGAGAGUCGGGCAGUCCACGGCCACAUUACAGCAGCACCAAUACAAUAUACGGCAUUUAAAAAAGAAACUAGUACAAGUUGUUCAUUACAAGAAAAGAAAAGACAGGAAGUUUGUUGUAAAACCAAGAUUGAAUCGGCAAAUGUUAAAGAUGCGGCAAAAGAAAGUACAAAGAAGAAAUUCAUUCCUCCUGCAAAACCAAAGCUCAAGCAGGAUACGGGGCUGAAGCCUGAGCGCAAGCCUUUAAUUGCGACGACGGGCCUGGUCUCUGUGCGGCCGGGCACACCCAACGUGCUGCCUGCAAACGCACCUCUGACAGCGUCACCCGUGCCCACCAACACCAUGGCGAACCAGCCCGCGCAGCCAAAACCGAUGGUGCCGCAAGCCGCGGCGGUGGUGGCGCUCGGGCAGUCGGCGCUGGCCCAGCCCGCGGCAAUCCACUCCAGGCCCUCGAGUUCAUCGCCAUCGUCGGGUCCGUCCGGUGUCGUUCAGACGACUGUGGGAACGAGGACGGUCAUCGCGUCGCCAUCGUCCUCGUCGCCCAACUCCUCCGUGCUCGUCUCCGCUUUGCCCAUGCAGAGCAGGGGUCAGCACGUGGCUCCGCCCGUGUACAACAUCGACAACUCUCUGGACGACGAGUUGAUCUUGAACCCGGGAGUUCUUGGCAGCGUGACGGAAACCCUGGCUGCGCUCAACAACGCCGCGUUGAUAGACAAGCUCUGUCUGCCCGGGUUGUUGCUCGGAUCGUCGGACUCGAUUCCAAAAUCCGUCACCAGACAACCCACGUCCGGCCUGGAGAAGAAACCUGUGCAGCAAAACCCUCCUCCCUCGGCUACGGCAAGGUCGAGUCCCGUUCCUGCGGGCCACUACCCUCUCAGCCUAUUGGCUGACCAGGCGGCCAAUAGGAAGCAGCUUCCGCAGCAGGGUAAAUCGGCAAGUGGCCACCCGCAAGUGGUCAUUCAGGCUCACAGAAAUGUCAUCUCGGGCGUGACGCAACUGCAGAAGCAGAAAGCAGCGGGGGCCACCGUCGUUUCUCAUGCGCAUCAAAAACCCGCCCUGCAGCAGAGCUCGCACCGGCAGUACCAGCAGAACUCGAACCCUUCGGCCAAAGUGGCCAAUCAGCAAUACGUAAUAAAAACUUCGGUCGCGUCCCACAGCAAAGAUUCAUCGCAAAAGCAGCACCAGCCCCACAUACAGCAGCCCCACAUACAGCAGCACCACAACAUCAAAGUCUCGGACAGGUUGCCAUACAAGCAGUCGGACAUAAUUAAAAUACCCAUACAGAGCCACAGUUUGCCUCAGGCCAGCACGUUCCCAUCAAACUCGUUGGGGAAUAACACCAUGGGUAAUAUAAUAGCUGGAGUCAUUGGGCAUUCCGGUGUGUCCGCAAACUCGGCGUCUUCUGGACAAAAAUUCAAGAUGCCCUACUCUCCCUCAACUAAGGCUGCGUCCACAGGUGCGAUGGCCUCAUCCCACCCGUCGAACAGUCCCGUGCUCGGCUGCAGCCCAAAGAGGCUGGCAGCGGGCGCUCCGAAGCUCGGGCCGAAUAGCGGUUCGCCCGGCUCUGCAGGUGCAGCUCACGGCCUCGCCAGCACGGGAAAAGUGGCAGCCGCCUCCUCUCACAAGUCUCCAUCCCACCCGCCGCCUCCAUCCUCUUCCCCUGCUUCCUCCACGUCGCCCAACCAGAUCGUCUCGGGAAGCUCGCUGCUGGCCACGGGCACGGCGGCGGCAUUGCUGCCUACGACCUCUGUGUUGUUGGGUCCGAAAGCCACCGCUUCGUCAGCCCACAAGCCCACCUCCGCGUUGUCCCACAAACCGCCGCAGCCCGCCGGCGCCGUGGCGGCGGCGGCAGCCCAGCCAGCUCGGCCCGCGCUCCAUGCGCCCAUUCGCAACAUCCUCAUACCCGUCAACUUCACGGACUUCGACAGCGACGCGGCCAUGAGCGGGAGGGACGCCAUCAUAACGGGGCCUGCGCCAGGCACGUUCCACCACGGCCUCCCGCACAGUGAGUCCUCCCGUCGGGAGCUCGCAGACAGCGGGGAGAUGGUGGCGACGUGGACGAGCGGAGGCACUUUCGCCGCUCGUUGCAGAGGUCUCUAUACAGGCUUGCACUCUAGUCCUCAGCCGCAAGGGCCGCAGCCCCACUCUGCUUUGCCUGCCCGCUUUCCACAGUCUUUCCCAGAUGCAAGUUCGUUACAGAAAGACGCCUCCAACCUUCCGAGAAAAACUCAAUGACAUUUGUGCGAGAGCAAAGCGAAAAUCGGUGUGAAUUCAUACAAGUUUCAUUUUGGGCUGCUGUAUUAAAUGUGUAACCCCUUCAGACUGUUGCUCUCCCUCCCCCAACCAUCCCCACCCCCCAUCUUUGGGCAAAUGAAAAACUGGAUGGAAUUUUUCACGUGCUAUUGACGGCUACAAAUAAUGUUUAAAUGAUCGUCAUUAUUUGGUGCUGAUAAAAAAUUGCAUUUUUUGGCUUAAAAUCAAUUAAACUAAAUCUUGGGUCACAUCACAUUCUCUCUUUCACAAGCAGUUAAAAGUGGAUUGUGGUUCCGCCUGAAGUGAAACCGUUACCAUCAUGAACAAUGUUUGAGUAAAAAUGUAAGGAAAAGAGUACAAACAUUAUUUACAAACCUUAACUUCUAAUGCAAUCAGGGGCAAAACAUCUGCGUGGGUCAUUGACAAAAACAACCAAGCAAAAGUAUAAUAAAACAUGAAUGUAUGUCAGCAGUGAAGAUGUGUUUUCUAGGAACUUUGCAUUACAACAUCUUUGUGAGCAGUGUCCUUGGGUGUAGACAAUUUACUUUGACCAAGUUAGGCCUGAUAAUUGAAGCUGCCAGCAACGGAGACUUUCUGCGUCUUUUGAAAAAGGCUGCGUACUUUUACAGAUCUUAAGGGGAUGUUGCCAUGUGGGUGUAAUUGCUUGCACACCGGACUUGCGGAGGUCGCCACUUUGUCUCUUGGCGCGGCAGCUCAAGGGCAAGUUUAUUCAAUCUCCCCCCCCCACCUCUGUCCACCCAGAAAUAUAAAAUGGGUAAGUCGACCGGCAGGUUGCGUGUGGCGAGGAAAGGUUGGUGUACUCCUACCUCUUCCAAGGUGUAUGGUCAAUGUGGAAGAGUAGGCCAAAUAAUACCCUCUCGAGGAUUAUCUUUAGAGCCUCUCUGCAGUGGAGGCCCUUCUGCCAAUGGUGGCGUGAGCAAGCAAUUGCAGGGCUGCACCCUUACCUUUUUACACAUCUUAAGAGAUAUAUUGCCGUGUAUGGCUAUGGGAGAACAGCCUCAGUAUUGUCUUUCAUGCACCUGGGCCGAUCUGCACGACUCCAUCUGCUGCUCACAUUGACUAGUUGUAAUGUGGGUGAUGGUCAAGAGACAACCAGUGCCUUUCAUUAAAAAAAUAAUAAUGGUAAACGCUUGUCCAAAACUUUAAAAGGGGAAACAUCGAUUUUUUUUUCUCAUCUGCUCUGAACGUUUAUAGUAAGGUGUCAGAUUCCCUUACGAUAAUAUUUAAUUGUAACUACAGGCUUUUGGGUCAGCCUUCCAUUGUUGAAAUUCCUACCUUUACUGGAUGUUUGCGUUUAAUGAAUGAACAUGAUGUAAAGUAGGGAAGAUUCAAAAAGGUUAAACCAAGCUCAGGACAUCUCUCAUUUUGUGCAUUUUUCUCAUGUUCGUUUUCUUAUUUCUUGCACCCUUGCUGUAAACUGCUUUCCGCUUUUUUGAUUAUAGAAAUUGUACAAAAACUGAAAUAAAUGUGAGAUAAUGGUAAAGUGGUGAGAGCAUUUCCGGUGUUGUAUACCACUGCAUUCCCGUUACAUAUUUCACAAUGCAGAACGUGAGCACGUGCCAUUGUCCAUAUAUAAUAUACCUACUGAGAUAAUUACGUGUUUUAAAAAUGCACUUUGGGUUGGGUAAAUUCCUAUAUGCAAGCUUUUACUAACACAUAUGCUAAUUGAUGUAUAAAAUUAUCAACAUUUUGCUUGCUUUUCAAGUUCCUGGUUUGCUGAAAAACCAAAUCAAUCAGAAUAUUUGCCCAAGUAACAUUUCAUUGGCUGUCAGGGGGAGGGUAACAUUCAUAUACCGACAUAAUCU